AUGGCAUCAUCUGGUAGUACUGCCACAGGACCUGGUUCCCCUUGCGGUGCAUGCAAGUUUCUGAGACGAAAAUGUGCCACAGACUGUAUAUUUGCACCUUACUUUAGUUCAGAACAUGGCCCUGCAAGGUUUGCAGCCAUUCACAAAGUGUUUGGUGCUAGCAAUGUCUCCAAAUUAUUGUCGCACAUCCCAGCUCAUGAUCGUUGUGAGGCGGUUGUCACCAUUGCUUAUGAAGCUCAAGCAAGGAUUAGAGACCCUGUUUAUGGUUGUGUUGCUCAUAUUUUCGCCUUGCAACAACAGGUGGAAUUCCUGCAAGCUCAAUUAAUGCAAGUCAAGGCUCAACUAGCUCAAAAUGCCAUGAAUUCAAAUCACAUCAACGGUACUCAGUACUGGCAAGGACACCUUUCUGGUUUAUUCCCUUCAUUUCUGUCUUAUCCAAGCAGCUCCAACAAUCCAAUUUCCCCACAAAGCUCUCUUGAUUCGGUUGAAGUUGAACUCCACACAGCUGACAACAUGAAUAUGCAAGAAAUACAAAGCUUACAAGACUUUUCUUUCCAUGGUUAUCCUAAUAAGACACCAUGUGAUAGUGAUUUGGGUGAGCUUCAAGCAAUUGCCCUUAGAAUGAUGAGAAACUGA